AUGAAACAAUUCCAAAUUCUAACAGAAUCAUGUUCAAAACGAAUUAAAAUCAAUUCAAUAUGUCGAAAUAAUUUCGAAGAAAAACGUUCAUUUUUACCUGGAUGGAUUGAAUAUUCACAAGAAAGAUUACAUUCUUCGAUAUCUCAAUCAUUUCAAUAUAGAUCAAGUGAUGAUGGGUAUAUUGAUCAACAAACACGUUUAAUUGAAAUUCAAAUGUCACUUUAUAAUCCAAAUGUUCAGUUAUUUACUUUUGUUACUCUUCAAACAGAAUUUCUUUCAACAGGAAGUAUUCAUUUUCAAUCACGAUUUGAACCAAUGCAUUUCUAUGGUAAAUCUUAA